ACAAACUUUACACCAAAAGCCCCACUAAGAUGAAAGAAGUAUAUACUGGGAAGAAUUUGUGCUUUUUUGUGAUUUCAUUUUAAGUGCUAUCGAUGCAUGGGGCAUCCACAUGCCAGCCCGCCUCAAAUUUUGUUGUCUAGGCAGCAUUUGGACACAUCAUACAGGUGCUUGGAAGAAUACAGCAGUUCUUCCGUGAAGUCACACCCUCAACUUCAUAUCAAACUUCCUAUAACAAGUGUAAUAAUUAUUUACUCCGUGUAAUAUAUGCAUGUAUUUCUUGCUUCUGUGGUAUGCAUCUGAAAGUAUUGAAUUGUGCAGUAAAAUGUUGAUUACCAGUCUUACAACAAUGUAGACGAUAUCAAUUUUUGCUACAUGCAAAUUUGGACCCACCUGUACUGGAUAUAAAUAGAGAAGCAUAUUACUGGGCAAAUCUGCUAUUAAGACUCCCAUGCUUUGUAUGCAUAGCUCAUGUUCCAUAAACGGGCCUUUGCUUGAAGAAUAGGUUAGUUAAACGUCUCCCUUUUGAGGCAAAGACCGAUGUUGAGAGGGGCUCCGGAUUAAGGACACUUGUAGGCUUUGGAGGCUCUUAGCCCGACUAGGCUUCUUCUGCAAAUAUCUUCAGCUAACAUUACCGAUUGUGUCUCGUUGAUUUACUUUGCAAUCAUGAGUUUAUGGCUAGAGGGUGUGAUUUACCAGCACGAUGCCAUGUGAAAUGACUUAAGAUAUGUUUGAAAUGAUCUUCAUCACUUCUGCAUGAAACGCGGAGAAAGCGUUCACUCCAUUUUGGUUUGGAUCGUCUCCCACGCUGCCGAUAAGACAAGCGCUCCUGAAUCGUCUCAUACCAAGGCAUCAAAACCACUGAAGGACACUGCAGUGUAGUUGGCCCAUCUGAAAUGUUCCUCUUCGGCUUGUGCAACCAGUGACGAAGCUAAAAAUGGCAACUUCCUGGACGUCAACUCAGCCUCCUACAAAGACCAUGCUCAUCAGCUACCGCACGGACAACAACACAACGAUGCUGACGGACACUGACGCUGAUGGUGGAUUGCAUGUUGAACACAGCUGGCCUGUGCUGCUUCUUGUACCCAUAAUUCUUUGCACCAUUGUUGGAAACCUCUUGGUAUGCUUGGCCAUUAGCAAGGAUCAUAAGCUACAAAACCUGACCAAUCUUUUCCUCUUUUCAAUGGCAAUGGCUGACCUCUUGGUGGCGCUACUCGUCAUGCCUUUCGGACUUGCAAAAGACUUACUUGGACACUGGUCUAUGGGUCUAGUCAUGUGCAACAUCUGGUCCACUAUGGAUGUCUUCUGCUGCACUUCGUCCAUACUGCACAUGUGCACGGUCAGUAUUGACCGCUACCUCGCGAUCAGUGACCCUCUGAGGAACAAACGCCAACCAAGAACUAGACGAGGCAUCAUCAUCAAGAUCUGCAUUGUUUGGGCCUGUGCAGCAGGACUGUCCAGUCCGCUUUGUAUCAUGGGUUUCCUUCAACCUGAAACAGUCCUGAACAAUGGCCAAUGUGCUGUGACCAACAUCCACUUCAUGAUCUAUGGAUCGGUUGUAGCGUUCUUCAUCCCACUGUGCAUCGUUAUCAUCACAUACAGUCUCACAACGUACACUCUUUACAAGAAAACGAAACUCUGCGGUGGUGAGGACAGUGAAGAGAUCCAAAACAAAGACAAGCAGAAGACCUAUCCAAGGUUUAUUCUUCAGGUUGCCAAAAAGAACGGCUUUGAGCCUGUAUCAGUCAAAGACACCAAAUGUGAUUCUACAAGUCUUGAGAGCUUGCCAACCCAUAAAGAAUGUCACCUGUCCCAAACAUCUCUUGCAUCAGUCAAUGGUAAUGGCAGCAUUCGCAAGCUGAAUGUAUCUAAUCUCAGUCUUCGGCGGACUAUGUCGCAUCAAAGCCGUAACGGCAUGAAGCGGCUGAACACCGAGCAGCGGGCCAGCAAGGUCCUUGGACUUGUCUUUGCCGCCUUCGUAGUGGGAUGGACACCAUUUUUUGUGGCGAACAUCACCUGUGCGAUCUAUCCUAAUUGUGCAAUUGAUAUAACUGUAUUUACAAUCUGUACAUGGAUUGGUUGGGCAUCCAGCAUGGUGAACCCGUUUAUCUAUACAGCAUUCAACAUCCGAUUUAGGCAAGCUUUCAUCAAGAUAUUAUCAUGCAAUAAAUAUUACUCCAUUCUCAAGAGAAACUCUUCUAAUAACUCUGAAAAAGACAGAGAAAGGGGUCCGAACAGAAGCAUCCCCAUGCGGCGGAAGUUUGUUGCGUACGAUGGAAGCAUUGACCGACAUGGCAACAAGCUUUGGUCAUUGCCAGAGGCUUCCCAGUGACAUCAUUGAUACACCACAGAGCAUUAAUCUUGGAAUGGUGCUGAAAGUCUGUGAUCUUUGACAUGUGCUGAAAGUUCUUUACUGAAAUAAAAUGUGUUUGUAUAACAAAGGCAAGAUGUAUACGACUCAGUCUUUGAUGAUUGAACAAUACAAAUACUCAAGAUACUGGAUAUUUUUGCCUGAAGAAUCCUUAAGUUUUAUAUAUACAUUUAUUUAUCAAUUGAGUAUAUGGUCUUGUGUGUAUUAGACCUACAUCUUUUGUUUUACAAAAGAAAAGGCAUUUGGAUAUGUGACAGAAAUAUAAUAAUGGUUUGGUUUUGAUGGUUUAAAAACAAGGGGAGCGACGAUUAAAGAAACAAUUAACUUUGGAGGAUCUACAAGUUGGAUAUUCACACUAUCAUGGGACAUAGAAUAUCUAUAUUGACUCUUCUUGAGAUUAUUCACUUACUGCUAAAAUUAUUUUCAAGAAGCUUCAGGCAAAUCAACUAUAAAAUCAUUUGCAUCUCAUAUAAAAUUGAUCUCAAUUGUUCAUGAAUCAUCACUGACUUGCCUUGAAUUUAUUUGAUUUAUAGUUAUCAUAUUUUCAUCAAAGUUAUAUUUUUCUCUCUUGAACACAUUUGCUUACAAUCGAUUGUCUUGAUUUUAUUUUAGACCAAAGGGGGGGGGGGGGUGUUUUACAAAGGUUAAGCAUGACUUAGAGUCACACUUAAAUUUCUAGUUGCAUGCAGUAUAGGGGGCCAUUCUCGGUCACGUGUGACAGAAAUUAUGACAAAUCGUUACUUCAUUUAGAUAUUUAUAAAACAAUAAAAUUUUAGAGAUUUAUAAUUGUAAUGAUUUUGAAAGUGAAUUUCAAAAUGAAACUGAACUUUCAAAAUCAUGCUUCUGUGUGAAGUCAAAAACGUGACCCACUUCUUUUGACCUCUGACCUUGAACCUACAUAUUGGAGACAGCAAAAAAAAUCCAAAUGAUAGCUGACUAUUAUGUUAAUGUUAUAUAACAUUUGAAUUACUAUUCUCUCUAAAAUUUUCAGAUUUAUAACUAAUUAAAGUCAAGAUUUGUCAUAAUUUCGGUCACAUAAGUGACCGAGAAUGGCCCUAUAUUAGGCAUCAUUGCAUUGGUCACAUGACAAGGGGUGUUGCAAGAAAAUAUUUGCAAUCAAUUGCACAUUUCAGAUGCAAAAUUUACGAUUGACAGAUCAAUUGUAACUGGGGCAAAUCAAUUUAUACUUGUGAUGCAAGAAGCAGACUAUCUAUCAAUUGCAAAUUGGCGAUGAAAUGUAUGACUUUCAAAUGAUUUUAGAACCUUAAAUUGAUAUUGAGGAUUGGUUUGCAUGGUGCUAACUACAUUUAUAAGUAAAUGUUGACAAUGUAUUGCGUUGACAAAACAUAUGUACAAAUUGAACAAUAACACUUACCAGAAAACAUGGCCUGGAUAGAAUUUCUGUUCAACUUUAAUAUU